CGUUGGUUGUAUUGCCUCACGUUGCUUGGUUAAAACCUGAGGCCGGGAAGUAAAACGCAGAGAUAUGACAAUAGUUUUUAUUAUUACUCACAUCUGCUAAACUAGGAUUCAAGUAAUGUGCCGGUGUUAUGGAGACACUGGGAAACAUCCAGGGAAGGGAUGAUGACGCGGUACCAGAGGAUAGCGCAAGUGUGACCGAAGUGUCAGUGGAGGUGGCUACAGUGGACGCCAUGCUGGAUAAGAUCUGUAGGAAAUACAACAGACGCAGAAGAAUGAAGAAACUCAAGAAGAAACUCAAACUCUGGAAGCUGCAGACUUUGGUUAUCCUCAGUGCUGUGAUGGUCUUUGUCGUUGUGAUAAUCAUGUGGUCACUUCUGUGGUUUUUUACAUUUCGGAAAGAAAGCAACAGUGGAGUAUACUUUGCUGGUAUGUUUCGCGUAGCCAGUGUUGAGUUCAUAUCAGAGUACAGGUACGCAGAUUCCAGUGAAUUUGUAUCUAUGGCAAACCAAAUUCAGCACGUGGUCAGUAGAGUAUACAGAUCGUCAUCGGUUUCCAAACUCUACAAACACACUGUCAUAUCUGACCUCAGUAACAAUGACCAAGGUGGUGUGCUGGUGCAUUUCUGGAUGAUCUUCGUGGUGCCGAGGCUAAAGACGCCAACGGUUUGUGAGGAGUGUGUCAGUGCUAUUCUCAAAGACUCUGUGCUCACCUCUCUGAAGAAUAGGUCUUCUGUAGGCUUCCUGCUGGACCUUCCUGUGGACAUUGACUCCAUCCUAAUCAAUGUUGCCCUUCGCUCAGAUUACACAUCGACUGCAGCAGGCUCUGAGUGCGUGGACAAGCUGUACGCCAGCCUGCUCGAUGCCAAGGUCCCCCUGAACGUCUUCUCUUCGUGGGGAGGUCUGAUCUGCCACAUCAAGCUCACGUCCACUCCUGGCUCCAUUCUCCGCCUCACUGUGAACAGCCUGGACAUCGAGCCAAGCGACUGCGUGUAUGACGGCCUCACUGUGUACAGUGCCCUGCUGCCCAUGAGGACCAAGGUCCUGCUCAGGAUGUGUGAGGCAGUCCGGGUUCCCUUCACCCUCGUCUCCACCUCCAACGUCAUGCUGCUGUCCUUCAGACUCUCACAGGGCAACAAGAGCUUCCGAGGGUUCUUCCAGGCCAUUUCUGAGCAGGAGUGUGGCAGUGUGACUAAGAUGCCAGAAGGCCCUGUUGUAGCAGGAGAACUGAGAAGCCCAUUUUACCCCAGUCUCUUGCCUCCUGGGUGCUCAUGCACCUGGAGGUUUCAGACCCCCAGUAAUGCUCUUGGAGUGGCUGUGAAGUUCCAGAACUACAUGCUCUCAAUCAAAGACCUGACUCCAUGUGAGCAUGGCUGGUGGAAGGUGAACGAAGUCAUAUACUGUGGCAGCUAUGUGAGCCACACAACAGUGUUCCGUGUCCCUGAGCAAAGCGUGGAGAUGGUGUUUCUCUGCAGCUCCCGUAGCGCACAACAGCCCUACUUCGCCACCUACAGCAGCUUCAACAUCAGCCAACCAUGUGUCGAGGGUCAGUUCCAGUGCUCCACAGGCCUGUGUGUGGAGAAAGAACGUUGCUGCGAUGGCCUGGACGACUGCCAAGAUGAGAGCGACGAGGUCUUCUGCUCAAAACCCGUUAAAAACUGUGGAAGCGCCUCUACUCUGCACCCAGUGUACAUAUGCAACGGAGAGAAGGACUGUCCCAAUGGCAGAGAUGAGACCAACUGCACUCUAGAGACUAGCUGUUCGGGGAUCAGAUAUCAGUGCAGCAGUGGGUCCUGUAUCCUGAAGAGGAAUGCAAAGUGUGAUGGAAUCCCUGACUGCCUCGACCGCAGCGACGAGAGCGACUGCGCCUGUGGUCAGCCUACUCCUCUAAAGCGUGUGAUUGACAGCAUUCACCCUCAGGAUCGGGUAGUGGGUGGGGUCAAUGCUGUGGAGGGGGAGUGGCCAUGGCAGGUCAGCCUGCACUUCUCUGGCCAUCUGUACUGUGCAGCCUCUGUCAUCACCAACGAGUGGCUCAUCUCAGCUGCACACUGCUUCAGCAGAGAGCGACUCUCAGACCCUCGCCAAUGGACUGCUUACCUGGGCAUGCUGACUCAGGGCAGUGCCAAGCACGUGGCCGAUAUUCGCCGCAUUGUUGUGCACGAGUACUACAACGCUCGCACCUUUGACUACGACGUGGCCCUGCUGCAGCUCAAGAAGGCGUGGCCCAGUGGCCUCACCUCCUACAUCCAGCCUGUGUGUCUGCCUUCCCCCUCACAGGCGCUCACCACCAACCACCGCUGCUGGGUGACUGGCUGGGGCUAUCGCUCGGAGCAGGAUAAGGUACUUCCCACAGUGCUGCAGAAGGCUGAGGUGAGCGUCCUGAGCCAGAGCGAGUGUAAGAGGGCAUAUGACCCUGUGUCACCCCGCAUGCUGUGUGCAGGAGUGCCCACUGGAGAGCAGGAUGCAUGCCGGGGGGACUCUGGUGGUCCUCUGUCAUGUCGUGUGUCAGAAGGUGGGCGCUGGUUUCUCACGGGCAUCGUCAGCUGGGGUUCAGGCUGUGGCAGACCAAAUUUCCCCGGGGUUUACACAAGGGUGGCCAAGUUCAUCUACUGGAUUAACAGCCACAUUCAUGCCCCUCCGGCCCACUCCGUGUUCUUUCUGGGAGGAAGUGUGGAGCUCUUCAAUCUCAGCUUCUCACCGGAGUUAGCCGACUCUUCCUCCUCACAGUUCCGCCUCCAGUCCCAGGCGCUGAGACACUACUUUUCAGAGCUGUAUGAGUCUACACCAUGGAAGUCAUAUUACCGGCGGACAGAGGUUGUUGCCUUUAGUGAAGGAGUGAAUGGACUCACUGCGUUCUUCUGGACCAAGUUCUCCACCCCAUCUGUUGCCGUUGCAGAGGAACUGCAGCGAGCAAACCCUGCCGUAUCACACCGUCGCCUUCCUGGCACCAACAAGGUCCUCCACAGCAGACUGGAAGAGCAAUAUUACCUAGAGAAAGACGAAGACACACUGAGGCUGCUGGGCUUGAACUUAGAUGACAGCGAUGAUGAAGAUUCUGAUGACAAAGCGGAAAAGAUAAAAAAUCCAUACUCUCCGCAGAGUGGCAAGUGGCAGCUUCAGGGUCUUCAGGCAGCCAUGUCAUUUGACCUCUAUGCCAAGUAUGGAAACAAUCGCACCCUGAGUUUGGUAAGUCCCAAGAAGCCAUAUUACCAGUGGAGGCUGAGAGUGCCAUCUGGGCACCUCGUCCGGCUGGACAUCGUCACAUUGCAGGGAGCUACGCCAGGUAGCUGUUCAGCCAACAAACUCUCUGCUUAUGACUUCCUGCUGCCUCUCCAGAACAAAAUCAUUGCCAGGUGGUGUGGCCUACCGGUGGCUGGGUCAUCUCCAGUCAUGAAGCUAACGUCAUCGGGAAAUGUCAUGCUCAUUACCUUUUCCUUCAGUCGACAGAGGCAUGGAGCCAUCUUUAAGGCCUACUUCCAGGCGAUACCAAAGGCUGAAUGUGGAGGCUUCCUGUCUGCUUGGAAUGGUUCGGUGGUGUCCCCUUACUACCCUGCUUACUACCCCCCAAACAUGGACUGCAACUGGAAAAUCAGGGCUCCGUUGCCCAGCUACCUGCUCUCCAUAACCAUUGUAAUGCUGGACAUUCAGGAUUCGCCCACCUCAGGCACCUGCGAGAAAGACUGGCUGGAAAUCGGUGGUGUCAGGCUGUGCAAUCCAGUUGGGGACAGAAGCAGGAAAAGGAUCUACUCCUCCCCUGUGUUGCUGCAUUUUCACUCAGACGAGUCCUUGACCCACAAGGGCUUUUACCUCGUCUACAGAGCCUUCUCUCCGGAGAGCACGUGUCCGAGGCAGUUCCGCUGCGGAGACGGACGUUGCAUCCCCCUGAGGAAAGUGUGUGAUGGAGAGAAGGACUGUGCAGACGGACGUGACGAGGCAAAAUGCUCCAUGUGCAAACCAGGAGAGGUGUACUGCGGGAGCGGCCAGUGCAGACCACACGGGAGCCGAUGCAACCUGCAGACUGCGUGUGGAGACAGCAGUGAAGAAGAGAACUGUGCCAGUAAAUGCCACCACACCUGUCCGAAUAAAAUAUGUCUGCACAAGUCUUCGGUGUGUGAUGGAAUCAUGGACUGCAAGGACCGCAGUGAUGAGCUCAACUGCACAAGGACAUUUGGUAAAGGCUGCUCCCCCACGUCCUAUAAAUGUGCCAACGGCAAGUGUGUUAACAAGGUAAACCCAGAAUGCGACGGCAUCAAAGACUGCAAGGACGGCUCAGACGAGCUGCACUGCGGCUGCGGCACACGCCCCAGGAGGAGGGCAAAGAUUGUGGGGGGAGCAGACGCCCAGACUGGCUCCUGGCCCUGGCAGGUUAGCCUGCAGAUGGAGCGCUAUGGCCACGUGUGUGGUGCCUCGCUGGUGGCCAGCCGCUGGCUCCUCUCUGCUGCCCACUGCUUCCAGGAUUCUGACGCCAUCAAGUAUUCGGAUGCUCGUGCCUGGAGGGCCUACAUGGGAAUGCGUGUCAUGAACACGGCCAGCAAUGCCGCUGCCACACGGCAGAUCCGCCGCAUCGUCCAGCAUGCCCAGUACGAUCAGUUCACCUCUGAUUACGACAUCGCCCUGCUGGAGCUCAGCGCCCCCGUCUUCUUCAACGACUUGGUACAGCCUGUCUGCGUUCCUGCCCCCUCUCACGCCUUCACUUCUGGCACCAGCUGUUUCGUCACCGGCUGGGGGGUUCUCACGGAGGAAGGGGAGCUGGCCAGCCUGCUGCAGGAGGCCACAGUAAGCAUCAUCAACCACAAAACCUGCAACAAGAUGUACGACGACGCCGUCACUCCCAGAAUGAUAUGCGCGGGGAAUAUACAAGGAGGAGUCGAUGCCUGUCAGGGAGACUCGGGUGGCCCUCUGGUGUGUCUAGAACGGGGCCGCAGGUGGUUUCUGGCUGGCGUUGUCAGCUGGGGGGAGGGCUGUGCUCGGCAGAACCGCCCCGGCGUUUACACGCAAGUCAUCAAGUUCACGGACUGGAUCCAUCAGCAGACUAAAGGCCAGGUGUGACACACCUGCGUGCUUGUGCACAGCUUGGUUGACAUCGUGAUUUGCACAUGCUCCGUUGUUCAUCACAGGGCAUCUACCCAGUCCCCAUGGUGCAUAGUGAUACAGCGAGCUUCAUCGCAUUUCUACAACGGAAUCUGCUCCGAUCACCAGACCGUGGCUAUCACUGCUGCCCACACGUCUGCUACAUAUGUUUCAUUCCAUAUGGCUUCUUAUGGUCCUGGACACCCCACAGAGCACAAUGUGCACAUUUCAAGCCUUAAAUGAUGAACUGUUAGUUAGAAGGUUGUCACACAUUUUAAAGAUGUUAUCCUUCAUUAUAUGCAGUGGAAUUAAUUCUCUUGGUGGUAUUGUUUGUAUAAUUUGCAUACAAUGAAUCUAUAGUAGCAUGCAUUCCUUUUAAUGGCUUGAAUGAUAUUUCAAGAAUGAUUGAGACCAUCCCCCACUUGUACAUCACUGAAUCUCGUGCAGUUUUAUUAAUGCCAUAUUGAGACGCUGUGAAACUGAUUGCGUGUCAAGCAAUCAUGAUCAUGUUUAAGAUGCCUUUUCGUUUCUCUUCCUGAUACUUGUUCCAACAGCGCACCCUCUCGAUAAAAAAACAGACUGCAGCGGUAUUCGCUCACGCAGCGCCUCACGCUACUGGUGCGACCCUCAUUGGCCUUAGUUAGGCACGCAUUUUUUCUGUGUCUUUCACAACCUGGUGUCGAUAUCAAAGCUGACUAAAUAAUGACGUUUUAUAUUAGACAUCUGAAAUGCUAGAAAUAUAUUAA